AUGUCAUGGCUAUUAAUGUUAUUUGCAGAGAAGCUUCCAUUAGUGUUAAGGAAAACCUUAUCUCCAAAUAAAAGCCAAUAUCAUCCUGUGGUCCAGCAAAUUUCUUCGGUCAUAUCGCUAUUGCAUUUAGCUCUCUUCUACUUUGAUGGAAAGUAUCUCAAGCCAUAUCAAAGACUCUUGUCCAUCACAUACAAAUCUGCUGUCGCUUCAGAUUCCAAUAUAAAUCCAAAUGAGACGCCAAAUGAUCAGCCUGGAACAGGCUAUGAGGUUUUGGGUUUAAUUACAGCACUUCAAGCUUUGUGUAGGAUAUUUUUAUCGGCCCCAAAUUGGGCUAAAAAUAUUCUGGAUACUACAGAGGACAUUAACAUGCCGAUGGAAGCUUCCGCCUCCCAUGAUUCGCUGAAACCAGCUUCGGAACGAAAACCAAAGUGUUUGGUUUGCUUUGAGGAAGCCUACCAUGGAGAUCCCAUUCUUGGCCCAUGUGGCCAUAUCAUAUGCUGGACUUGCAUGGUCAAAUGCCUUUCAACGCUUGAUGUUAAAGCAGACUUCCCUUGCCCCUUGUGUCGAUUUUCUGGAUGGAAUAUUUCCAAUAUUUUUCCUCCCCAGGGAACAGCAUAUCCCCAAAUGGGGACAUUUGAUCAGAAAAUAGAGAUGGAGGCAUUUGAUGAGAAAAUAGAGAUGGAGAAUUCGAUCGUACUUACCUAUCAAGCAAUACUUCUUCGUCAAAAACUAGAAAAUACACAUCUAAUAGACAUAGCGCUUGAUUUGAAACAAUUGCCUACCCAAACUACGUUGCUCGAAAGCCUCAAGAAAAUAAGGAGACUCAACAUGUCAAGAGAAACUUUUCAGAAGGAAAUUUCAUCUAAAAUAGCUGAAAUAGAGAAGGCAUACUCCUUAAUAAAUGAAGACCCCGUUGAUCUUAGAGAAGAAGAUGAGGCGCUUUUUCUGCUUGAGGAAACAAUCAAAAAUAGAAAAAUGGAACUCGAGAAGCUAACUGAAAAGCAAAAUCUUACAGACCAAAAAAUACAAGGGCUUGCAGCAUGUUGUGAUACAGCUGCCAUUAGUGAGGUUCAGAAGCUAACUAUCAAAAUGGAACAAGAGAGACAUAAACAAGAAAUUCUUUGCGAGAUUGAAAAGUAUGAAGAAAAAUGGCUGGCAGAAAAUCAAAUUUUAUACAAAAUUAUAAAGCUGCGAGAGGAUCGAAUAAAGACUAUCAUAGAUAAUGACUGUUCUUUCUCCACAGACCUCGAGUUAUCUCAGCUAAACUAUUUAAAAACUAUGCUAUACGAAGACAUGAAAGAUGACGAGCAACUGGUAAAGAAGCUAUAUACGGAAGUACAAGAAAUUGAGGAUGAAUGCGAAAAGGAUCUUUUGGAAAAAAUCAAUCUUUUCAAAAUCAAAGAAAAUGAAGAAUUCUGCCUUCUAUUAAGUCACAAAGGAAACAUCCAGCGCGAAUUGGAAGAAUUGGAAAGUCAGCACAAAGCAACAAUGCAAAAGAAGGAGGAAAAACAAGCCGAGUAUCAAAGAAAUCACGAUGAAAAAAUACUUCUGCAAAAUCAGAUUGAAAGUGCAAGAAAUAUUAAAUCCUCUGUUUUGGCUUCUUAUGAUGCGAAAAUACUCAAAUGCGAUAGGGAACUUAGACUCCUUGUUGCGGAGGCCAGGAAAUUUCUAAAUGAUUUAGUAAUUGAAGAGACCAAAUUUCAAAUAGGGUUAUUGGAGUUGAAGAAGGAUCGGCAAAAAGUGAUGUGGGAAUUAGCAGGCGCUGGCAAAAACAUAAAGGCUGGAUUGAAAAAAAUAGCCAGCAAUGCCGACUUUUUGCCUGGGCUUUUAGAAUUUCGCAUGAAUCAAAACAGAAACCUAAAGAACGAAAUCGUCUUGAUAAAUGACUUGAGGAUCUUUUUCAAAUAA